UGUUUUUUAGCUCGAUAAAUCUAACUACAAGUGAAAGUACUACGGGGAGGUAGACCUGAUUGGGAUAGUCAAAAUGCCGGAAACAAAGAAGCUGAAACUGCAAGAUGUCUGGCGCAGCUGCAACAAGAUCCGUGCCGCUGUAUGCCGAGUGGGCCUUAACCUGUGGGACUAUUAUAAACCCUUAGACCCUAACGGCGACUGCCUCGUCUCAGAGUCGAAGUUCGUCUCAAUCUUGGCGGGGCCCUUGCGAGGGCCGAUUGGCUUGUCGGACGAAGAGAUCUGCGACCUCGCCAGUUACUUUCGCAUCCAGGAUGGCCGCAUUCUGUAUUCGCAAUUCUGCGAAGUGAUCCACGAUAGCGUUCCCGAGUUCGGCAGGAACAAGCCGCUCGUCACGGGCUUAGAACGGGAAGACCCGUUACACGUGAAUCGCCUGAGCACGACGGAGCACAGAAAGCUGUCCUUAAUUAUCACGCAGAUAGCGAUUCUCGCCAACAAGAGGAAAAUCGUACUAAAGCCGUACUUCCAGGACUACGAGUUGAUAGCGAAGAAUGCCGGCACGGUGACCAUCGGUCAUUUCGGCAGAGUUUUAACAUUCCUGGGAAUUAUCUUAGCUGCGGAGGAAUUUUGUUUACUUGUCAAGAGAUUCGGUAAGGAUGGAUACACGGUAAACUACGUGGCUUUUGUGAAAGCCAUCGAGGACGUUCAGGAUUAUUUGGAUACGCAUGGAAUGACGAGCCUUGGAGGAGAUCUGUUGGAUCAGUGCCCUGGCAAAAUAAUCACAGCUGAAUUACCGAAGCUCCCAAGGCCGGAGAUCUGUAAGAAAUCGGCCGCGUCCAUUUUUGGCAACCAAACGGUCUUUCAUCCGGUAAUGGAUAAACCAAAAGAACCGAUGUCUCUCAUGGAGGUCAUCCAUCGAAUCCAGAGACAUAUACUUGAAAAUCGCAUUCGUAUUCACGAGUUCUUUAAGGAUUUCGAUCUACUAAAUUCAGGACGUGUAACAAUUCCCAAUUUUCGCAGAGGAUUGGACGCUCUUCUAAUUUCGUCCUUAGGGAAACUAUAUUUAGACGAGAAUGAAAUCGAUGAGUUGAUCGCUCUUUACACGGAUCCUAACGACUUGGAUCGGGUAUGUUGGAGGACUUUUGAGGACGACAUAGAUCACGUAUUUACGGUGAAAGAAUUGGAGAAGUAUCCGAAUUUAAAGGUUGACUGCCCAUCGCCGGAAGUUGCGAAUUUGAAACGACCAGGCCAGAAAGACUGGCACUGUGCACCGAAGAGUAUCCGGGAAUUAUGCGAAGAUACUUUACAGCAAAUCCGAUUUCGAAUAAAUAACAGAGGGAUUAUGCUGGAGCAAUUUUUCAAGGACUACGAUAAACAUAAUUACGGGUAUGUAACGAGAACUCAGGUGAGGAAAGUUCUUACAACAGCCGCUAUACUUCUUUCUCAAGAGGAAAUCUCCGCCUUGGAGCAAAGGUACAUCGACGAUAUGGGGUUCAAUUAUUCUUGGUUCCUUGAAGAAUUGGAAGCGCUGCCCGUCGCUGAACCGCUUUAUAACGAAGUGUUGCAAAAAAUGCAGAAAGUCAACGCUGAAAAGCCAACACCGGAGCCCACUGAAGACGAGACGAACAUUGUGAUGGUAUUGGCGAAGGUCAAAGCAAAAGUAGUACGUGAAAGAAUUAAGGUUAACGAAUUCAUGCAGCCUUUCGAUGUCCAUAAAGAACUUGUAAUUAAAAAAGCCGACUUUAUUCGAGGCCUCGACCAGCUGAGAUGCAAUCUCACUUGCAACGAAGUAGCUACCAUCAUGAGAGUAUUCCAAGUUCCUCUGAGGCCUGAGUACGUUGAGUACGCAAGGUUCGCAGAGGUUGUCGAAGAGGCGGUAGCAACAGGAUCUCUAGAAAGGGCACCAUUGUUGGUGCCUAUUCAGCAUGUGCCCUCGGAAGCAUGCCCAAGAACAUUUUUGAACUUUGACGAAAGGCGACUGCUUGCUCAAGCCAUGGACAAGCUUAGUACAAUAAGGAAUCAUAAUCUUGAAGAACUAUUUAAGGACUAUGAUAAAGAGAACAUUGGGACGACUUCGAAAAUCAGGCUCAUAAAAGCCUUGUCCGUUCGGAACAUGUUGAACAUGAUCAGCAGUAACGAACUUGAUGUGGUUCACAAAUGUUUUUCCGUGGAAAGAGGUGGUGCCCUCGAGAUCGAUUAUCGAGCAUUUUUGUACGCGCUCCAUCUGAUACAAGAAAACAAAAAGACUCUGCCUUUCUAA